AUGGUGUUGCUCUCCGGCAGCGCACACCAGCCUGCCCAUAAGCCAGCCGACGGGCCCAACGGUGGCAGCACCGCCAGCGGCGGCAACACAGGUGCCCCUCCGUACACCAUGUUCGAACCAGCUUACGCGCCACAACAGCAGGGCGUGCUGGGGUCAGUGCUUCCGGAUGGGAAAGCCGUCACCGCAGCGGGCUGGGGCGGCGGCUCCGUGUUCCCGGCUCCGGACACUUCUUACUCGCAGCCCCUGCCGCGCCUACUGCCGCCCCCCUACCUCAACACCGCGUCAGCGCGGCCGCCUUUCACAGCUGGCAACUUGGGCAUUCUCGGCCCAGGCAUCACCGUCGAGGGAGUGUCUGCACCACCAUUGACCUCUGCGUGCUCGCCGCAGGCCACAGCCGCAGAGUCCGCCUCCAGUGCGCCGGUCAAGGUGGCAGCCUCAACAGACGUGCUGGAGGUGCCACUGCACGCACCGCGGCUGCGCGUCCCCACUAACCUUCCGCUGGAGCAGACGACACUGCUCGACCUCCUCGCCAUCGCUGUCGUGCAAGGCGGACCAACGACGGAGGAGGAGAUUGUGAAGCGCGAGAUGGGGCGCGGCAAUCCGGCCUUCGCGUUUCUGGGCGAGAAGUUCAACCAUCCAUGUAUGCUGUACUACCGCUGGCGACUGUACUCCCUGCUGCAGGGCGACACGCUCGUCUCGUGGCGCACGCAGCCCUUCCAGAUCGAGGAGGCGCGGCGCGCCUACGUGUGGUUGCCGCCGCCACCGCUCAAGGUCGGCCCGGAGUGCCUCGUCGGGCUGCACCAGCCAGAGCUGCUGGACCCGGCCUUCGCAACGGGCGGCGGUGGUGACGCGGCAGCGACAGUGGGCGGUGCCGAAGAGGAAGACGGCGCCGACGUAAUUGUGCGCACGGCGCGUCCCCGCCGCCGCCAUCACCGCAGCGGAAGCGCGGAAGACGGGACAAGCUGUAGGAGGAGCCGCCAUGAGGCGGGCGACGAGACGGAGCAUGGAAACCGCAGCCGCAGUGGCAGCGGUAGCAGCAGCAGCGAGAGCAGCAGCAGCAGCAGCAGCAGCAGUGAAUUGUACGGCGUGCAAGAUGAACCGAAGGGCGGCAGCGGUGCUUCUUUGGCAGAGCGCGGUGAUGGCGCCGAGGAGACGACGAAACCCAAGAGCCAACCCCUCGGGCAAUCUCCCGCCGGCGCAAGUGCAGAGGCCACGCCCUCUGAAGCAGCCGCGGAUGUCGCCCGCGUUCGGCUGCCACCGCCGUCUGCGCAGUGGAUCUCGCGCCAGUGCACGGCACACCGGCACGUUUUCGCGAUCCUGCAGCCACAUCUGCUGGAGAAGUGGACGGCGCUGCUGAACCCCUACGCGAUGGCAGACCCUGUCACCAUGGGCGACGGCGGCAUUGCCACGCUCUGUGAGCGAUGGUUGCGACGAGACGAAAUCGCAUCUCGCAUGGUGUUCGCCAUUCGGCACGCUGACGCGAUGCACCACCUGCUCAGCGUCCUGCUGGAUGCCGUGGUGAAGGUGGCGUAUGUGGCAACGGCGCGAACGCGUCAGCAGCCAACCGCCUCCGCCGAUCCCAUCGACAGCAACGUCUACUGCGUGGAGGCGUUGUGGUACCUCUUCGUGCUUCACGACAUCGUGAUGAACGCGUCCAACACACCGGAGACGUCCGCGACGUCGGCGACGAGCGUGAACAAGAAUGUCGCGAAGCAGCAGCAGCCGCCGCAGGUGCCCCCCACCGCUGCGGGCAUGAGCGGCACGGAUGAGGAAUUCUUUUCCUCCGAGGGAAGUUCAGAAGCACUGGAGGCUCUCUACGAGGUUUUCAGUCGCCAGCACCUGGCGAUCCGUGCAGGAGGGUCAACGCCACCGUCGCCCGCGGCUGCAGCUGGACCAUCGCCAGCGACAGCAACUGCAGUGCCCCCAUCGUCGGUGCUCGGGUCGGCUCCGCGUCCUCGGCGCCGUCAGCGCCACCCGCAGCGCCGUUCGCCUUACGAGCGGUGCGGCGAUGCGCUGGAAGUGAUACUUCCGACGCUGAUGGAGGCGUGCACGGCGAUUUCGCUGGCGGUGUCCAUGGACAAGGAACGGCGGCGAUCGCAGGUGGCCGAGACAGCGCCGACUGCAGCGGCUCGAGUCCGUCACUUCAAAGUACUGCCCCCUCAGCAGCAGCAGCAGUCGAAGGCUAAAGGAAAGUCGAAGGCCGCGGAGCACGAUUCGGCGAUGACGUCGUCGUCCACGACGCUGCCCGUCGGCGGUGGCCCUGCUCUGUCGUUGAGGCUCGACGCAGGAUGUGACGCAGCCGCCGUGACGAAGACGCCAUCGUCGACGCUGUCUCCCUCCUCCCCAUCCGCGGAGGGCAGCGGCAGCACAUCUGCUGGUGGCGGCGCGGACACGGCGGCGCCAUCGACGUCAUCGGCCCCGGCGGUGAUGCUGCUUCACUGGCUCAAGGCGUUCCUCGUCGUUUGGAUGAACGCGGAGCAGCCGCUGAAGCCACCACCAUCACCAUCGCCGUCAGCGGGCGCAGGAAUGGCGGCCGGAGCCGUCCUACCGCCCGGCACGGUGUGGCCAGACUGUCAGGCCGACGCGGCGGACAUGCCGGACGUGAGCCUCACGUACCACGUGGAUCCACAGCACGCGUCCCUGCUCGGGCUCGACGCGGCAUCGCAGCAGAAACGUCACGUCUAUCAUCAGCCGCCGCUGCUGAGCGCGCGCGCGUGCGCGAUCUUGAAGGAUCGCUAUAGCUUCUUGUUUUGA